AUGAACUAUAAUGGAAAUCUAAAAGAAUAUGAUUUUUCAGAGUUUGCAGGCAAAGUUGCACCUCGACGUAAAUUGACGUAUGAAAUAUACGAUGAAAACAAUAUUGUAGAAGAAUAUGGUAAAAUUGAAACUGAUGAUGAAAAUGAUGUUAUACACUUGAAUUCAAAACCUGUUAAAUUGUCGAUUAAGACUGAUCGUGAUAUCAAUAAUUUUUUAAACAAGUAUCCAAUGAGUUCCCGAAUGUAUUACAACACGUAUACUUACAGAAAAAUUUACAACAAACCCAUAGCAAACACCAUCUCUCCAAACGUAAUAGACGAUUUUUACUUAAAUAUAUUGGACUGGAGUUCUACAGGUUUACUUGCAGUCGCGACUACAACAGGUAUCAGUUUGUUAAAACCUGAUUUACAAAAUUCUAAUUACGAAUCCAUUAAAGAUAUUCCAGUCGUUGCUAAUUUGAAUAAAAAUAAGCCCAAAGCAGGAACAAGGUUUGAUGAUGAAGUUAACAGUAACUUUCCAGGAUAUACAAGUUGUAAAUUUUAUAAAGAAGUUUGUGAUCAUUCGUUACAAAGUUGUGCUUAUAAACCAUUGCUUGCUUCUGGUGGAAAUGACAAUAAAGUUUUCAUUUGGGAACUUGGUUAUAACAUUCCAAUACUACGUCUGAACGAACACACGGCUGCAGUUAAAGCUUUAACUUGGUCUCCUUUAAGCUAUCCACUGCUGGCUACCGGUGGUGGCACUAACGAUAGAACAAUAAGAAUAUGGGACACAGUACACCGAACAGCCAUAACAAACUGCGAAACACAAAGCCAAAUAUGUAACUUGCACUGGAGCAAAAAAUCACUGGAGUUAAUUAGUUCUCACGGUUAUACUUUAAAUCAGCUUAAUGUUUGGGACUUCACUGUUUCUGGAGCUAGUAAGAAUAAUCUCAGAUUGAGAAAAUUGGAAACGAUGAUAGGGCACCGAUGCAGAGCAUUGUUCAUGUCCAGCUCCAAGGAUGGAAAUUAUAUUGCCUCGGGCUCAGGAGAUGGAAAUAUACUUAUAUGGAGUCCAUUUUACGAAGGUUGA